GAAAAAUUGUUGGAUCCAACUGUCAAAAGUCUACUCAAUUGUCUUAAUGAAAAGACUCCUUAUAGCAUCACUAUGCUCCAGCAAAAGAAGUGGAAGUACCUGCUUGGCCAUCUCGUUUUCAUGACUUCUGAUGAAAAGGCUACCUUAUUGAUCAGCAUGAGGGAUAGAGUGCGUGGGCAAAAAGCUAUUGACCUUAAAGUAGAAAUGAAGGAGCUCAUGCCUUCAAGUGCCUCUUGUAAGAGUUGGGAUAAAUUAAUAAAUCAGCGUGACCUUCCACUAUUUUUCUAUGCCCGAGUCAAAAAGAUGAAAGCAAAUGCACUGAAGGAUCGGAAUGGGAUACCUAUUAACUAUAACAACUAUAACAAGACACAAGUGUCGGGAAUUAUUAUAUUUCUUAGAGACACGUAUGAGCAUGUCAACGACAUGUAUACAUUGGAUAAUGCUAAUGGGCGUUUCUAUUAUCCAGAAGACUUUGCAAACUGCACUGACCUUGUAGCUCCAGGAUUGCUUCCUAGUUACUUUGAUCAUCAUGGUAGCUUGAGGGAACGGUACGAGAAGAAGUUCCGGUGAAGGAACUCCAGGGAAGUAAGGACGAGGUGGAGAUGCUGGGAAUGGUGGAGGCACUUGUUUGGGGGCUUUCUACUGCAAAUCAAGAAAUUGUUAUAGAUACAGCUGCAAUGAUCUUGUUAAAGAAGUCGAUGGAAGAACAACCAAAUGGGAUGGCAGGCAAAGGCUUACUGGCAAGACCAUUAAACCACACACCUUUUGAAUUAUGAUAGCUUUAAGAAUUAAAACUUUGACUAUGUGACUAAUCAGGCGGCUUUGCAUCAGUCCACCAAGUUAUUGCAAACUCUACCUGUUUAAAUAGCUAUU